UAUUGAAAGUCAAAGUUAUUGAAAUAUAAAGAAAAACUAGUUACAGCGCAGUAAUACGUCAAAAAUAUACGAAAAGGAAAACAAAAGGUUAUUUCACAAUUUAGAAUAAAUCGUAGUAGAACACGAAAAACGUUUAUAAAGAAUUAGUCACUAAAAUAAUGCCAAAUUCGUUAGCUGUUUGUGAGUCAUUUGAUUUUUCAAAACCUGAAUUAUGGUUAGAAUGGAUACAGAAUUUCGAACAAUUAAUAGCAGAUUUUAAUUUGGAAUCUGACAAAGAAAGGAUAGAACUUCUUUUUUAUACAAUGGGUUCAAUAGCAAAAGAACUCAUGACAGAAUUAAAACCAAAUUUUGAAAAAGAAAUGUCUUAUGAAGAAGUGAAAACUGAAUUUACUAAAUACCUCACUGUCAAGAAACAUGUCAUUAUCGAACGACAGAAGUUCAACAAUAGAGUAAAACUACCUAAUGAAACGAUAGAUGCUUUUACAACUGAUCUACUUAAAUUGGAAUCAAUAUCCAAAGAGAAAGAGGAAAAGAUACAAGAAGACAGUAUUUCUAUUGAAAGUAGGUUGACUAAGAAUUAAGUCAAAGUGAAAUGAAAUUUGCUUGGAAAAAAUAUUAUAUUACUGUGGAAGAAAUAUAAUAUUUUACUCCUUAACCAGCUGUUUUUAAAUCAUCAUUUUCAUUGAUAGCUAUUUUAUAAUAGUAAAUAUCAAAACUGUCAAAAAUGAAAUUGUAGAAAUUAUCAUAAAAAAGAAGCGCACAAAUCAGUGAUAGAAUAAGUAAAAUAUAACAAUAGUUUUUUUCAAUCUGACAAUCUGAUUAAACAGACUGAAAAAUCUGAAAAAUUAUAUAUAAAAUGAAAAAUUAUAAAAAAAUAAAUGAUACAGAAAAGGA